AUGGCCAACCUGAGAGCCAACGCCAGCACCGGCCAUCUCCGCGUCUACGGUACGUCGCUGUCUGAUGAUGGCGCCCUGCCGUGGGAGGAGAGAGAGCAGGACACAUCACUCCUCCUCCGCAAGAUCGAGCUCCACCGCGACGAAGCCGUCAAGCUGCUCGCCUCGCACCCCGAUCUGCGACGGUUCCUCGAUGCGGCGACCUGCGUCGGCCUGCUCGAUCCGGUCUCCAACAUAGUCGUCAGCGCCAUGCUUGCCGCCGCCGCCGCAGAUCCCGUCGACGGGGCCUCCGCGCUCGUCGGCGUCGACAAGGACAUGAAGCAGCGCUCCCUCGAUGGCCUCGUCGCCUUCCUCACAUGCUUCUUCCCUCACCUCACCGACUGGGAGGCCGUCAGGUACCUUGUCCUCGCCGAAGCCGACCCCCUCGUUGCCGCGCGCAUCGUCGUCGAGGACCGCCGCACCAAGUGCUUCCGCCCAGGCUCCGCGGCCACCAACGGCGCCCUCAGGCUCGCUCUCAAGUGCGCAAUGGUCGCCGCCAAGCAUCCGUGUCCCUCCGAGCUCGCAGGCGUUUGGCUGUCCUUGUGCUCCUCCCUUGACACCCUUGAGAAGGCCGUCUCCUUGCUCAAUUGCCCCGGCGACAUCCUCCACACUCUGGCCAAGCAGAUGCCAGAUGUCCCUUGUCCUGCUCCAGAUGCCAUUGGGAGCAGCCUCAUCAGGCCAUGGGAGCUUGCCGCCCGUCGCUGCAGUGAGCACGCCGCCAAGGUGACCCACCAGUAUUCCUGGUCACUGAGGCGAGUGCUCCUACAUACGAUCCAUGGUUUCUACCUGCAGGCACUCGCCAGGAUGCCGGGUGGCGAGCUGCGGUCUCGUUACCACCGUAGCAUGCUCAAGGCUGGCCAUUGCUAUGGCCCUUUUGAUCCUGUCACCAAUAUCAUCGUCAACACCAUCUGGUACGAAGUCACAUUCCCACCACUGAGUCAACUGGACGAGCUCGACAUUCUUGGCACCUUGAACCUAAUGCGGAUUGAAGCACAAUCCUUUUACGGACUUGUCUCUUUCCUCUGCACCCGUGACAAAGAUCUCAACUCCGAUCAGGCCAUAAGGUUCUUGCUCGACACGGAUCUCGACUUGGCCGCGACAAAGCACUGCAGCACUGUCCAGGAUGAACAAGAAGCCUUCAGAGCUGCUGCAACUGCGGCAUGGCACCCCAUACCUGAUGCCCAAGUAGCAUUCCUCAGCUCCUGCAAGACGCCUGCAGUCCUCUCACUGCUGUCAGAUAAUGGAGGUCAACAACAGCUCUCUUCUCAAUGUGUCCAGCAGCUUGCCAUGCUAUUGUCAUCUGCUUUCCGUUCCACUGGCAUGUUAGCCCAUCAGAAGCAACCAGUUGCCAUUUAUAAACGACGGUUCGAGCUUACCAUGUAUGAGGGACGUAUACAGCGAAGGGCUCAUAAAAGAAUCUCCAGAAAGAUCAGGGCUGCACUAAGCAGAUAUGAGGUGCAGAAUUCGGAACAAGGCUGUUAUCAGCUUCAUGUGGUCUGCGGUGUGAAUACAUAUGUGUCUGGUCCUGACAAUAGUAUGCACUCCAUCAUGUUGCAAAAGAAAAAAGAUCCUGUUGAAGAUGACUACUACCAUCACACACAUGCCAACUUUCUGGUGACCCGGAAUGUUGGCUCUGUAGGUUCAGUUCCAGUACUCUUCUUUGCUGAGCUUAGCAACAAGAACGACGACCAGGAUAGCCAGCUUCUAUGCUGCCCAGUGGAGUUUCUACUACCAGGGGCUGAACCAGUGCGCUGCCUUUUCUGCGAGCAAGAAGGGAUCAGGAUUGUACACCCGGCUAAUGGGGAGGGAUUCCAUGGGCACGAGGUGGAGUUUGGGAAGAUGGUUCGCGGGGAAGAUUUAUUCGAAAAUGUCGACUAUCCAGAGGAGUACGACAAUGAUCGCAUACUAACUAAUAGCGAAUUUGUUACGGACACUGUGGCCGAUGGACUCGAUGAGGACUGCAUGUACCUUGGUAGCAAUGACUUCACCAUCAAGGAAUCCGACGGUCAUGAGUGGGAUGAGUAUGGAGAGGAGUAG